UAGGCCUCCCUGAAGCCUGAACUUGGCAUUCCCCAGCAAGCCAGGAAGGAGGCAGGAAGAGUUCUCUGCAGCAGACUCUCUGCCCAGACCAUACAACACAGCUUUUGCAAGGGAAUAAGAUAUUUGUUGAAAUUUGCCAGAUUGGUUGUGAUUUGAACAGAGAAGAAGAGACAGGAACAUUCAUUUUCCAAAACGUGUAUUCCUUGUGACUCUUACUUUUAAAACAACAUCAACCAAUUAAACUCAGAAACUUCAUUAGCUUCCUUCCUUCCCACACUCGAUAACACCUCUUACCUUUUUGAAAACCCUAAAGCGCUCUCCCAACAGCCAGCAAGGAAGGAACUCAUCCAGCGAGCGGAAAUAUCUUUUGGGAAGCGAGCGCAAUUAUUUCUAAAGACAAAAACUGCAAAGAAAAGGAGCCUUCGGCCCUGGCUGCUUGACUUCAGGUUUUGCAGUCAUGCUUGUGUGUCUUCUCCACUGCACUUGCCCCGCACAUGGCGGCAGGAAACGGAACUGAGUGUUGUUUGGAAUCAUUUUGUUGGAGGAGAGCGGCUGAAAAACCAAAGAUUCGCUGACGGCCUAGAGCGGCCGCAAAAAUUCAGGAAGCGACCAGAAAGAAGAAAUCGGUUUUUAGUUGUCUGAAGCAUGUUCGCAGGAAAGUCUCGGGGUUAAGGAUAUUGAAAAAUGUUUGUCCCAAGAUCUCUUAAAAUCAAGAGGAAUGUGGUUGACAAUGAGACCUGUGUAGCUAAGAAAAACAAGUCUUCUCCAAGUGAUUCUUCAUUUGAUACAACUGCAGCAUUCAGAAACUCCAGUUCAGAUGAAAAAGAUGCAUCGGCCUUACAGAGUCAUUUAUUUAAACCAGUGGAAGGAUGCAUUGAGCCUCAGACUUUACUAGGUUCAGUUGGGGCCACUGUUGAAACAACCUUGGAAAAUGCAAACAAUGAUGACUGUUCUCUUGCAGAGGAGCCCAUCAAAUCUUUCAGUAAAACACAACGCUGGCCACAGCCUGGUGAACCCGUCUGUGUGAUCUGUGGUCAUUAUGGGGAAUACAUCUGUGACAAAACGGAUGAAGAUAUCUGCAGCUUGGAGUGUAAAGCCAAGCACCUUUUGCUUCUCCAAGAGAAGGAGGGAGGCCCUAAACUUGAUAAUAGUGAAAAAGAAGGUUGUCAGAUCGAGUCUGAUUUCUAUGACAGUACUUAUGUGUAUAAAGAGAAUGCCUUUGUGUUAAGUCUUCAAGAUGAGCAGAUUGAAAAUUUAAAGCAGCAGCUAGGUAUUGCUGUCCAAGGUCAAGGAGUUGCAAGGCCUAUUGUAGAAUUUGAACACUGUGCUUUCCCUGAAACUCUAAGCUGCAAUCUAAAACAAUCAGGCUACGAAGUUCCAACUCCUGUCCAGAUGCAGAUGAUUCCAGUUGGCUUGCAAGGCAGGGAUAUUGUGGCUACUGCUGACACAGGAUCAGGAAAAACUGCAGCUUUUCUACUUCCAGUUAUAAUUAAAGUUUUGGGAGAGAUAGAAACCCCAUCUGCUCUCAUUCUGACGCCAACAAGAGAAUUAGCGAUACAGAUAGAGAAACAAGCUAAAGAGCUCAUGACUGGCCUCCCAAACAUGAGAACGGUUCUUCUGGUUGGAGGAUUGCCAUUGCCACCUCAGCUUCAUCGCCUGAAAAAAAAUGUUAAGGUUGUCAUAGCAACACCUGGGAGGCUUCUAGAAAUUCUAAAGCAAAGCUCCGUUCAACUCCAUAAUAUUAAAAUAGUUGUAGUGGAUGAAGCUGAUACCAUGUUAAAGAUGGGUUUCCAGCAGCAGGUUCUGGAUAUUUUGGAAAAUAUCCCCAGAGAUCAUCAAACCAUGUUGGUGUCGGCCACAAUGCCUUUUGGUACCGAGCAGCUGGCAAAUCGGCUUAUGCAAAAUGCUGUGAAAAUAACCGUUGGAGAAAAGAAUCUGCCAUGUUCCAAUGUUCGCCAGAUUAUUCUUUGGAUAGAGGAACCCUCCAAAAAGAAAAAGCUUUUUGAAAUACUAAAUGAUAAGAAACUCUUCAAGCCUCCAGUACUAGUAUUUGUAGAAUGUAAGCUGGGUGCAGAUCUUCUGAGCGAAGCUGUUCAUAAAAUCACAGGAUUACAAACAGUAUCUAUGCAUGCUGAUAAGUCACAGAUGGAAAGGACUGCCAUUUUACAGGGAUUACUUCAAGAAAAAUUUGAAGUUGUUGUAAGCACCGGAGUACUUGGCCGAGGACUUGAUCUUGUCAAUGUUAAGUUGGUAGUAAAUUUUGACAUGCCAUCUAGUAUGGAUGAAUAUGUACAUCAGGUUGGAAGAGCAGGACGACUGGGUCACAGUGGAACCGCGAUUACUUUUAUUAAUAACAACAGCAAGAAACUUUUCUGGGAUGUGGUAAAGCGAGUGAAACCAACAGGCACUAUUCUCCCAUCCCAGUUACUAAAUUCCCCAUAUCUACACGACCAGAAAAGAAAAGAACAACAAAGAAGUAAACAGUCACAGGAUGGUCUUGUAACAGGGGAUAAUCUUAUGGACAUAAUUAGAAAACAUGACAGAAGGCUUUCUCAAAAAUAAUGAACAGUUCUGUAUUUGUGAAUUCUGUAUAGCUUGUAAUAAGUCCUGAAUAUUAACUUAAAUUCUCUGGACACAAUCCAAAGUAAGCACUUUGAAGUCCAAUUGGCGUUAGUGACAGUUCAGCAAAUGCUUAAAUGCUCUCUUCCAUUGGAAUCAGUCUUUAACCUAUGUUUUAAUUGACUCUUACAUUUGCAUCCCAUCAUUUCUACUUCAGAGUAGCAUUUUAACAUCACACUUGGUGUUGCAUUGCUGACAGAGUGAUGAGUCCAAGGGUGUUCAAUAAGCUUUGCGACAGAGAGCUAUUUCAUACACUGUAUUUUGAAUUUGGAUUCAAAAUACACCCAAGCUUAAAUGGCAAAAUACUUUGGUACACUCAAAUGGCUUGCCUUUCCCUCAAAUGUAGAAGCAAUGAACAUGUGCCUGUGUCAUUCACAAUUAACAUGCUCUACAAGAUUCCACAGAUAUGGCUGCAGAGCUGCCUUUACCCUUUAGUGUGGGUAAUCAAGAUGCAUUUCAUUUAUCCAGGGGCGGCGGCAGGGUGGCAGCAAUUAUAUUGGCCUGAUUUGUGAUUUACUGUUCAUCUCUUUAAAAAAAAAAAAAAAGUAAUCCCUUCUAGUCCUAGUUCAGACUUGAAUUAAUUGGGCAGAUAUUUUCAGUUCUAACACUUCCAACUGCUAGCCUGAUCCAGGAUGCGGGGAGCAGCAAAAUGGUGGAGGAUGAAGAACUAUUGGACUGGGCUGGAUGCUUCACUCUCUAAUUUUGUCUGAGCUAGUACCCAUGCUACCAGUUUAAAGCCUUUAGAAGAAAAGCAAAAAGCAAGACACAUUUUCUUCUGUAUGACCAUUUAGCUUUCUAUUAGAAAUUGAAAGGUUGCAAAAGAGCUAACUGAAGAGUCUUUAUUAAUCUAGUCCUCAGUGUGUGUUGAACAGUAGUGAUAUGUGAGAGUAAAAAUUAUGUAAAAGUUGUUUGCUUUUGCUGCUGCUGCUGUUGUGAAUUUCCACUAUAUUCUUAAAUUUUAACUUCAUUUAAUAAUGGCAGCUGAAUGUACUUCUUCCAUCCCAUAGUCUUUGACCCUACUUUUACCACCCCCACUUUCUCUUGCCCAGUGCAUGCACGUGUUUAUAUGUGCCGAAUGAGGAUGACACUUCAUCUGAUGAAAUGGACUGCAGUGCACGAAAACUUAGGCUAAAAUAAAUUUGUUCACCUUUAAGGUGCUAUUAGGCUCUGUAUUUGCUGCAGCAGACUAUCAUGGCUCCCCCUUUGGAAGUUUGCUGUUUGGGACUGUUAAUCAUUAGAAUGCAGAAGAUUCUAUACCCCACCUUGAACAGGAACCUUUCAUCAUUUUUAAAAAUAGAUAAAACUUAUUAUUUUAAAUUCAUUUGGCCUGCAGUCAGCAGAACCUCUGAGUGUGCCUGACUGAUUAUGAUCAAUCCAUAUAAACUAGCAUUGUAGUUUAUCCAGUCAUGGAAGAAUAGCCACAUUAGUCUGUUGCAGCAAAAACAACAGAGCCCUGUGACACCUUAUUCCACAGUAAGUAUGAUUGUGUUUAAGCUUUUGUGCACCUGUGUAUGCCACAAAUGGGUUCAGUCUUUUUAAGGUGCCACAGGGCCUUAAAGACUCAUUCUCAUUCUCUUUUUGGGUUCAAACUGAGUUUUCUCACUUGCCUUGAUAUACUAGUAUCAUAUUUCCGAGGCAUCACCUCCAUGAUAAUCAGAGAAACUGCCUCAUUUUAUUGUUGUAGAGGACCUCCUCAGAAGCUUCUCUCUAGAAGGCAAAUGGUGGAAGGGCAAUGCCAAAUGCUGAUUGGGGAAGACCAAGGGUGAGAGCAGAAAAUUCUACCUGAAUAAUCUUGGAAUCAGGUGGAAAUUGAUUUAUUUCUAUAUUGGAUACUAGGUUUUGAUGUGCCUUUUAACAUGAGGAUCUAAACUGCAUCAGGAACCUCUUGGGACUAUAGAGGUUUUCAAACAAGCAAAAAGAGCAUUUGUCAUGUAAACUGCUGGAGGAAAUUACUAUGAAACUUCACAAUUUCUUGGGCCAUAAAAAUCUGAAUUUUACAUGCCAAUGGUCUAGCUUAGAAAAAUACAGCUUGGUUCCAAAGGUGCCCUUCUCCUAGCAGAAAGGCUCUUCUGUUCCUGGAAGUGCUGCUUGUGACCAAGCAGGAGGUUGUUCUGUGAGGAAGUGACCCUAAAAACAGAGGCCUUUCAUCUGUGCAAGCCAUUGCAAAAGCUCUAUCACGACCUCUUUAUGGCUCACUAGAGUUUAUAUGCUGGCCUGUGUCUUCCUUAUUCACCAUGGGUUGUAUUUUAAGUAGCACAAGCAGAGCAGUAUUCCCACAAGCAGACUUCCCUGCCCUUACUGGGGCAGUUUCCUGAACCCCCCUGAAUUAUACAUAAAUAAGUACUGCUCCUGGGGGCCAGCGGACCCUUAGAAACUGUGUGAGGUGGGAUGUUGUGGGGGCUACAGUAAGAUGUAGGAGUUCCCAGAAAUCACAUAGAUACACUUGCCUUGCAGAGGUAUUUGCACUAUCUGCAAGAAUGUAUGCCAUUCUCUAGGCCCUCUUGACUCUGCAGAGAAGCUUUUCAGGGGAACUGCACUAGGGAGGAGUAGGCAAGGAAAAAAACUUGCAUGAGUGCCAUUUUGAUCAUGUUGCUUGGACUACAACCAACUCCUAACACAACACCCAUACUUUAUGGUGCUGCCCUGUGAGAAGCCUUCCACUUCCACUCGAGCAAAUGUUCAUGGCAUAGCUCUAAUAUUUUCUCCUUCCCAUCAAAGUUAUUUGAUCAAAACUGUAGGCUUGAAGAUGUGAACUCUAUGAAAACUACUUAACCCAAGUUUUGUGGCAUGUGUUUAAGGCUCCACAGGUCUUGUAUUUGACGAAUCUAUUCUUUUAUUUUUAUAACAACAUUUCUUGGAUGGGAAUGUUGCUUGGCUUAUACAUUUUCUACACGUUGGGUUUUUGUACCAGAAAAUGUAUAGGUUUUCUAUUUUGAAAGAUUUUUUUUUAAUGUAAAAUAAGUCUUAAUUUAAAAAAAAACCUGUCAAAAGAUGAAAUGAAUUACAGUUACAUAAGUAAAAAUAAAACUUUAGAUUAAUACAUAAAA